GUGUAUUUGGCGGCUUGACAACACUGAAAACAUCACAAAAACAGAGGUUUUGUGGAAAAAGAUUCUAAUCAGCAUAGGACUUUUCUACCACCAUGCCCAGUGCUGGGGCAGUUUGUCCCCCCUUGAUUACGCCUGUCAGGCGGCAUAUACCAGGCCUUGCCACAAAUAAAAUAGACACCACCACACUCAUAGAGAUCACCACAGAAACUCCUGAUUGUAAAAUAUAUUUCACCUCCGAUGGAACAAAACCAUCUCCAUUCCAACGUAAAAUUGGAGGACGUGAGAUCACAUUCAAAUACAAGGCUCCAUUCACUCUUAAAGCAGGAAAACGUACAUUAAAGGCCGUCGCUGUUACAAGGGAUGGAAUCCGAGAGAGUGACGUGAUGACAAAACAGUUUAUGGUGGAGGAGACUGGACAACUAAGCCACCCAGAUUCCACUACAGAUUGCUACUCUACCGAUGACUACACAAGCUUUUUUGACACUUCAGACCUUGACACAGACACCACACAAAAAUCCUGGACUAGCUCUUCCACUAUCAAAAACAGGAAGAAACCCAAAAAGAGUAAAUCCCCAGUCAGAGCCAAAUCCCCACUGAGAUCCUCCCUGAGGAGGUCCCCUAAGGAGGCCUGGGCCAGCAGUCAGACCUUUGAUAACUUUGGGGCCGAGGAUGGGCGGCACAGUCCCCCACAACCUCCUGUUCCAGAGGGCCCCUUCAACCCCACCAACUACUCAGGUACCCAGAUAAAUGUGUGGGGUGCUCCCCCUGGAUCCUGGCCUGGGAUGAAUGCCAGUAAUGGGGCAGUGACAUUUGGUGUCCCAGUGCCUAACAACCCUUACCCCACACAGACAGGCUUCCUCACAGAAAAUAUGAUCAAUAACUGUAACCCAGAAAAUCGUCACGUGACUGUGGGGGACUUACGUCAGAUGAUGAACAAGCGACCUAAAGCUAUUGAAGAACCACCAAAAGAGCCACCAAAAGCCAUCGAGCUUCCCCCUCCCCCCAAAGAACCAGAAUUAUUGGCAGUCAGUCCAGGAAAUGGGGAUUUCAAAGGAAAUAUACAGCACAUCUACACUCAUAUGCUGGAAUUUGCGAAAAAUAACAAAGACUUUCGACUAAGAGUGGCUGAACCUAAAAUUGGAAGAAUGCAUGAAGCAAAGUUUGAAGACGAGGGAGAUGGAUACAGAAUCACUCUGGUGAUGGGGAAACCGGGCGUGCCAAGAGGAUCCCUACGCAAACCUCCAAAAGUGGAGACCAAACCUAAGAAGCCCCCCACUCCCCCUCCCUCAAAUGGAAAGAAAAAGAAAGAAACACCCCCUAAGUCUGACCCCUACUUCGCCAUGGAAACAGAAGAUCUUCCGGUGGAGGGGACCGUAAAGCCAUAUGACAAAUUUAAUGCUGAACAAGACGCCGAGGUCCUGAGGGGCGCCAUGAAGGGGCUAGGGACAGAUGAAGACGCUAUAACAAACAUCCUGGCCUAUCGAUCUAAUCCUCAGAGACAGGAAAUUAGGGUAGCAUUUAAAACCAUGUACGGAAAGGACCUUCUUGAGGAGUUGAAGAGUGAACUAAGUGGACAUUACCUGGAUGCCUGUAAGGGUCUGAUGAUGGCACCGGCUGAAUUUGACGCUUAUCAACUCCGCAAAGCCAUCAAGGGCCUUGGGACAGAUGAAGACGUGUUGAUAGAGAUUUUGUGUACCAGGUCUAACACCCAGAUCAAAGAAAUCAUCAAAACUUAUAAAACACUAUUCAAUAAGGAUCUGGAGAAGGACAUUAUUGGUGACACGUCAGGACAUCUGAAGCGAUUACUUGUGUCGCUAGUACAGGCCAACAGGAGUGACAGUAAGGAAGUGGAUCGUAAUAAAGCGAAACAAGACGCCAAAGCCCUGCUGGAUGCAGGGGAGGGAAAAUGGGGCACAGACGAGUCACGAUUUAAUGUCAUCCUCGCUUCUCGGAGUUAUCCCCAGCUCCGGGCAACAUUUGAUGAGUACGAGAAGAUCUCCAAGAAGAACAUUGUUGAGGCCCUGAAAAGUGAAAUGUCAGGGGAUCUGCUAAGGGGAAUGUUGACAAUUGUGCGAUGCGUAAGGAACAAGGCUGCUCAUUUCGCGUACCAACUCCAGAAGACGAUGAAGGGUCUGGGCACGGAUGAUGACACUCUUGUCCGGGUAGUUGUGUCACGAUGUGAAAUUGACAUGGUCCAGAUCAAAGAGGAAUUCCAGAAAAUGACAGGACAAACAUUAGAGCAAUACAUAGCUGAUGACAUAUCUGGAGAUUAUAGGAACAUUAUUCUGGCCCUCGUGGUGGGAGGACCUCCCCCAAACACUGCCUCUAAAUCUGGUAAGGGUUUUGUGGAGGCCAUAAAAAACAAAACUGAAGAAGAAUUGGAUGAAGAAGUCAGAAUGGAAUCUGAAGAUGUUCAGGAAGAUCCCACUGUAAAACCUGCAGAGAAUUUCAAUGCUGAGAGUGAUGCAGAGGCCCUCAGGAAGGCUAUGAAAGGCUUCGGAACUGAUGAACAGGCCAUCAUAGACAUACUGGGCUACAGAUCAAAUGCACAGAGACUAGAGAUUGUUAAAACUUACAAAACAAUGUUUGGAAAGGACCUAAUCAAGGACUUGGAGGGGGAGUUGAGUGGGGGGCUGAAGGUUCUCUGUCGCGGUCUGUGUAUGAGCCUGGAGAACUUUGAUGCUAUGUGUCUCAACAAAGCUAUCAAGGGCCUGGGAACAGAUGAGCAGGUACUUGUUGAGGUCAUCUGUACUCGGACAAAUGAACAGAUCAGAAAGUUUAAGGAGGCUUACAAAACUUUGUAUGGUAAGAGCUUGGAGGAGGACGUUGCUGGGGAUACCUCGGGUCACUUCAAACGGCUGCUGAUUGCAUUACUUCAGGCCAACAGGGACGAAAGUAAAGAAUUCGACAGAAACAAAGCCAAACAAGAUGCUCAGGCAAUCUAUGAGGCAGGAGAAAAGAAAUGGGGGACAGACGAGUCACGAUUUAAUGUCAUUCUGGUCUCGAGGAGUUACGCUCAGCUGCGAGCAACAUUCCAGGAGUAUGCUAAACUGGCCAACAAAGAUAUUGAGGACACACUUAAGAGUGAAAUGUCAGGGGAUCUACUAAAGGGCAUGCUAGCUAUAGUGCGAUGUAUUCGAGGUAAGGCUUCACACUUUGCCACGGAGUUGUAUAAAUCCAUGAAGGGUCUGGGGACGGACGAUGACCGCCUCUGUCGAGUCAUUGUAUCUCGCUGUGAAGUUGACAUGGUGCAGAUCAAGGAGGAAUUCCAGAAGCAGUACAAACAGACUCUAGCCAUGUUCCUGGCUGAUGACAUUUCGGGAGAUUAUAAGAACUUGUGCUUUGCUCUGAUUGGUGAAUCUGUACCAAAACCAGCGAAAAAAGAAAAGAAAGGUUGGUUCUCAUAGUUUUUUACCUACCUCAUCCAUUCCUACAUAACACAUGCAGGCCGUCCUUGAUCCAGAGAAUGAAGAACAGAGAAUUCCACAGACACAUAGAUCUUAGGGCUUUCAGUGUUGUUAUCUAUAUAUGUUCAAAAUAAUCGAGGGGAACAUUUAGUUUUAGACAAAAUCUUUACAUUUAUAAAGAAUUUUAAAAACUGUACAUUAUAUAGUUAAGCUUAACUUUAGGUGGUAUGUACAUGUAUAUAUAAAGGCUGUGAAAUUUUUGAAAUGAUAUUAUUUUUUACUGGAUGAUUAUAUUGAAAUAUUUCAGUGAAAAUCAGAAAAAAAGAGAGAAUUUGUUAAUGAGAAUGUAUUUACAUUUUUAAAGACACCUGAAAUAUACCAUAUCUGUAUUCAAGUUAUACAGAUUUUCCUUUCUAGGAAUUCAUAGACAUUAUGAGAGAGACAUAAAAGUAUGUGUGUAAGCAAUAGAUAUGACAUAGGAUUGACUUUUUAGAAUAACUAAUAUGUAACUAUAUUCUAUUUAAGACUACAGUUAUUUCCUCUUCUUGUGGGACUCUUCAAUGUUUAAAAAGAAGCUAGAGUAAGGUAUAUAGAGGGAUAUAGUCCAUUUUCACAAGUCCCUUGGAAAAACUGUUGAGAUGUUUAUAUUAUGGACUUUAAGAUGCUAAAUAUUCAGAAAUAUAUAGUCCAUAUUACCAUUGGUAAAGUCAUAUUUAAAAACAAUCAUUAAAACUGCCAUGCUGAAGUUUUUGUAAAUCUUUUAAUUUGCUAAUUGCAGGCAUUUUAACAGUUAUACAUAAAUUAUUUUGAAUGAAUAUU